GCGAUAAAUAGCAUUAGAGAGAGCGGCAGACUUUCACGAGCUCCAUCAUCCUUUUUCUUCCUUUCUAUCUUCCUCAUCUCUAUAAUUGCAUUAUUUGCGUAUACUGUGUAUAUAUCAUCAACACUCUUUAGAAUAUAUAUCUCGUUGAAGUGUCCCACUUUAAAACCCAAGAAAUAAAACACUUCACGGGCUCAACCUCAUCUUCUUCAACCAACCCCAGCUUGUGAUCAAUUUCCCGCCACGUUUCGGGUCGGGUCAAAUAAAUUUGACUCAUUGAUGACGAUGAUAUCACGAUUUUAUGAUAACCAUGUAACUGAGUCUGCUGAAAACUAGGCCCCUUUUGUCCCUAUUACAUCUCUCACAAUCAAUACUUAUAUAUGGAUCGUCCAGCUAUGACUGUUGGAGCUGGUCUGGACAUGCCGAUAAUGCAUGAUAGUGAUCGUUAUGAGCUGGUCCGAGAUAUCGGGUCGGGUAAUUUUGGGGUGGCCCGGUUGAUGAGAGAUAAGCACACUAAUGAGCUUGUUGCUGUUAAGUAUAUUGAAAGAGGUGACAAGAUAGAUGAAAAUGUUUCCCGUGAAAUAAUCAACCACAGAUCGCUGAGGCAUCCCAAUAUUGUCAGAUUUAAAGAGGUCAUUUUAACACCAACCCAUUUGGCUAUUGUCAUGGAGUAUGCAUCCGGAGGUGAGCUGUUUGAGCGGAUAUGCAAUGCUGGACGAUUCAGCGAGGAUGAGGCACGUUUCUUCUUCCAACAACUCAUAUCUGGAGUCAGCUACUGUCAUGCUAUGCAAGUAUGUCACCGUGACUUAAAACUGGAAAACACAUUACUGGAUGGUAGCCCAGCACCUCGGUUGAAAAUUUGUGAUUUCGGGUAUUCCAAGUCGUCGGUCCUGCACUCACAACCAAAGUCAACUGUUGGAACACCUGCAUAUAUUGCUCCUGAAGUGUUACUGAAGAAAGAAUAUGAUGGCAAGAUUGCGGAUGUAUGGUCAUGCGGUGUUACAUUAUAUGUCAUGCUAGUGGGCGCAUAUCCUUUUGAGGACCCUGAGGAACCUAAAAAUUUUCGCAAGACAAUUCAUCGAAUUUUAAACGUCCAGUAUUCAAUUCCAGAUUAUGUUCAUAUAUCUGCUGAGUGCCGUCAUCUAAUCUCCAGGAUCUUUGUAGCUGACCCUGCAAAGAGGAUAAACAUGGACGAGAUUAAAAACCACGACUGGUUUCUGAAAAACCUCCCGGCAGAUCUAGUUGAUGAAAACAAAUUGAACCAGUAUAAUGAGCCUGAUCCACCCAUGCAGAGCGUUGAUGAAAUAAUGCAGAUAAUUGCAGAGGCAACCAUACCUGCUAAUGGAGGAAACAAUCUCAAUCAGUAUCUGACAGGUAGUCUGGACAUUGAUGAUGACAUGGAGGAGGAUCUAGAGAGUGAUCCAGAUCUUGAUCUCGACAGUAGUGGAGAAAUAGUUUAUGCUAUGUGAUUUUAUGUUCAGUUCUGACAUAUGGUAGGAGGUUAAGGAAGCAUGCAGUUUCUGUUGUCCAAGCAUAUAUAUAGUCUCUAAAUCUGGUAAAAAGUUAGGCAAAAGUGUCCUCCGAGCACAUACGAAUUCUAUUAUCUGAAAUUUCCAGAUGAUAGGGCAACUAUGUUUUUCACUUUUGUUUCUCACCUGUGUUUCUUCCUGCAUUCCACUCUCUAAUGAGCAAAGCUCUUGAUACUCUGUUGUUUCCGCUUUCCACCUUCAAUUGGUAUAUAUGUACUGCGUACUCGUGAUGUAACGUAACCUAAUACUCGGGGCGUGUCUAUAAUUUCCGGUCCUCUGUUUGUGCAAAAUUGUUAAGUAAAAUAAGGUAUGUUUUUCUCUAUCA